GGCUUCUCCUGCGGACUUUUGAUGUUACCCACAAUGCUUUGCUCGUGGCCACGUAAACAGUAGCCCUGCACACUCUCCUCCUGUGAGGGUUUCAGACGUGAGAGCUAUUGACAAGGCAAUCAUGCAAAUCUCAGUUUCUGGAGAUAAACGACAUUCCACAAAUACACACGAGUAGCCCAUGCCUACGUUCAGUUCAGCACCUUCAGGUGUACUGCGACAUGUCAAUGGUUCUGUUUGCGUCCGUGGUGCGUGUGAGGGAUGGGCUGCCCCUCUCUGCCUCCACAGACUAUGAGCAGGACAAAGGGCUCCAGGAGACCAAGAAACAUUUAAAGGGCCUGUCCAAAAAACUCAGCCAGUUCCCUGACCGCUGCACUUUCAAGACUGGCCAGUACAAUGUCAAUUUCACCAGCUCGCUGGGUGUGGGCUACCUGAUGGUGUGUACGGAGAGCUACCCCAACGUUCUAGCCUUCUGCUUCCUGGAUGAGCUGCAGAGGGAGUUCAUCGUCACCUACGACACCAAGCGCAUCAACAGCGCCGUGCGGCCCUACUCCUUCAUCGAGUUCGACAACUUCAUCCAGAAGACCAAACAGCGCUACAACAGCCCGCGCUCGCUCUCCACCAAGAUCAACCUGGCCGAUAUGCAGACGGAGAUCAAACUGCGGCCCCCCUACCAGCUCUCCGCCGAGGACCUGAGAUCAGUCAACGGCUUCUCCCAACACACCCCUUCCAAGUACAAGGGCAUAGCUCCGCACCAGAUGCUGGAGCCGGUGACGCUGGCGGGCGUGGUGUCGUGCGUGUUGAGUCUUCUGUGUGCCAGCCUCAACCUGCUGCGGGGGGUCCACGCCAUAGAGAGCAUACUACAGGUUAGGGCCAGCCGAGGAGGUUGGAAUGCAGACAUUGAUGGAAACGAGGAUGAGGACUUUAAUUACGUGAUUGCCUUCUUCCUGGGGACGGCAGCCUGUCUGUAUCAGGGUUACCUGUUCUUCUACUUCUCCGUGUGGAGGAACAUCAAGUCCUUCCUGGCCCUAGCGCUCAUCUGCCUGUGUAACAUGUACCUAUAUGAACUGCGCAACGUGUGGCAGAUCCUCUUUCAUGUGACAGUGGGCGCCUUCAUCACGCUGCAGAUCCGCCUGCGCCUACCCCAGGGCAAGGCUCCUGACUACAAUGUCUGACCAGACAUCCUCCACCCCAACACACACACACACACACACUCACACACUGGCCAUGGCCGCCUCUGAACAACUGGACUGUCUAAAGACAAGAAGGGAAGGCAGAGCGAGACUCCCCCACCCCCCCGGGUGAACUGGACGGAGAAUCCACAGAAGCCCUGGAGGCUAAAGCUAAAGCCAUGUCUGUGCUAAGCUACCUACGCAAGCCAGGACUGUAGGGCAAAGUUCCUGUGGUAAAAAUACAAUCAGCUGGCUCCAGGGUAUUUAGCAUGUUCAGCUUCAGCUUUUCACCAACAUGGUCAACAGACGAGCUGUGAUGUUUGUUUAAUUACAGUGAAUUGUCUGUGUCAGCAGCUGAGGGCCUCAUCCAGAAUACAGUAGUGUGGUUCGAUUAGAGACACUGAUUGGUUAGUCAGAAUCUGUUAGUCCGUCUGUGCUGAUAUCAUAAUUGGUCAAGAGCUUGGGUUUCCCUCACAGACAUUAUGGCCACGUUAGAUGCAGAGGAUACUCCAAAUCAAAGAAAAACAAAGCAAUCGCAUGGUAGCUAUUUAUUUUGUAUGAUGGUGUUUAAUUUACCUGUUCGUAGUUUUUUUUUUUAAAAACUCAGAUUUGGAGGAAAGUUGUCAUUUUUUGUGAAAAACAUACAGACCCAACGAUAAAAUGAUGCAGUUUAAUCAGUGGGAGUGUUGGGAGAUGGCUGCUACGGCUCUCGUCAUCCCUCCACUCUCACACCAACAGACUAAACACGACCCUGAGAUAUGGAGUUGGAAAUGCAAACUUUGGCCGUCAGUCAGCACCCUCUAGCAGCACAGUGAGCAUUAGGCAUGAUGUUUUCCUUUUUUAAUACACGCCACGUGUCACACAGCUGUCUCUGGUAUGCUCUGCUCUGCAAGUGGAUCAUCUCCACAUUCUCACCGUCUCUUUCACACACUCACACACACACUCACAGAUACAAACACACCCUUGAUGGAUAUCUCUCUCCUCCGGUUCUUUGAUAUCAUCCCAGGUGCUGUCUGAUGGAUCUGGCUUCGCCUUGCAGCAGCAGCUCUCUUGUUUUAUGGGGCAGGCAGCCCGUACCUUCCCUGAUCAAGGCGCCUUUUUUAUGAUGCUCUGGGCACGGCAGGUGAUGGUUCAAACUGUGUGCUGACAAACUGUUACGUCUCAAACUCUUUGUAUUAUUUAUGUUUUUUCUUUUUUUUUUCAUUUUUGUUCAUCCAUCCAGUUUGAUGUUUUUGGUCAACUGGAUGGAUUGCAUCUCACAUGAAUAUAUGCUGUCUGUACAAGAAGACCUGUAAACAUAAACGACAGAAGCUUUUUGGGGUGUGCUGUUCUGUGUGUUCACUAGAGGUAAGACAAAAAGGUGCUCAAUGUUAGCAUGAGCAUAACUCCAGAGCAAAACAUUGUGUUACAUAUCAGUCAGCUCGUGUAAUAUCUAAGUUAGCUGGGUAGUUGCCCAGCAGUGGAGUUUUAAGUUUCACAUGUAUGUGGUCAUCGGACUCAGGCAAGAAAAGCACUUCUGUAACAGAAAAGUCAGCGGUAAUCAACAUCGGUCAGACAUGCAAAGUAUUUUCCCCCUAAAUUAUACUGUGAGAAACGCUUUGAUCAGCUCUUGAGAGUCUGGUAAAUUUCCAAGCACAUUUGCAAGUCGAGACAUUUGAUUGUUGCAAGGGUGAUUAUUAUGCACGCUGUUUUCCUUAAAAAUAAUCAAAUACCUCA